AUGAGAGGUUUCCGAAACUCGAACUCUAGCAUCUUGCAACCAGAACUUGCUUCUCGAAACUUUAGAAACUCGGAUGUGCCCUCAUACUUGACAGCUCCCCCAAGCUCCGAAGAAUGGAGCCCUGACCUGGAUCAUUCAGAUGCAGUUAUCGAUGAUCAUCGUACCGUCGCGAACGAAGAGGCGGAUCCUGACAACAAGCACCCCACACAGACAUACGAAGAGAUUCGUUCACCCACUUCGACACCCACUCGUCACGAAACGCUCGUGGACGCGAAGACCCCACGAUUCGCGUAUGCUACUCAUCCACGAGUAUCACCUAGUGCUACAUCCAACUCUAUCAGCGGCAAUACCAGCGGGAGCUACAUGGCUGUCCGAGAUUCGCCCACCGCCUUACAUGCUGCACUACCUUUUCCGUCGAAUGCAGUCACCAUAGGGUGGAACGCGCCAAACUCUGACACGGCUGCCGGGAGCAACGUACCAAUAAGAUAUAUUUUGUCACCACACUCUCCCAACUUCAUACUCGUUCUUCCUUCUUCAGAUGCCGCAGACACCCGCCCUUUAUACCGGAUCUCGGUGAACUCAAAUUGCUUCAUCCCAUCCUCGUACGUGACAACCAUCAGAAGAGGUGGGAGUGAGGAUGGAGAGUUUGCGGGCGACUUUGAGCGAUUCACGGGCCAAUUGGACUAUAACCAUCGGAGAACGUCAGAUGCUGCUGCGAAACAUCAUGUCGCCGAAGGUGGGGGGUCCUCACGUCCGCGCCAGUUUACGGACCAAUGCACGUUCUACACCCAUUGCGUCCCUGACUUGGGAUUGCACCAGAUGAUGUAG